UUGCCAGUUAGUACGCGACCGCGAUAGUUUUGCGUCGUUGAUAGUGCUGUACGUGUUUUCGGUUUAUCGGUUUUUUUUUUUUUUUUUUUAAAUUUUUUUACACAUUUUAGUUCUUCGCGUUUUUUCCUCCUCUCGUCUAUUAAGUGUUUAGUCGACAGCUGACUGCGCUGUUUUCAAUAAUAAUACGCUCGUUUAAUCGUGUAGUUUAUGUUUUUGUGCUUUUUAAGUUGCCGAUCCUAAUCGGUUUGCCGGAAGCUUGUUUCUCAAAAACUCGUAAAGGAAUAUCUUCGGCACACACACAAAUACACAUCGUCGUCGUACGAGAUUAUGGCAAAUAAAAAAUUGGAAAAAGUCCACGUUAGAAUCAGUAAUUGAAACACCAUGUCGCCGGAAGCGGUUUGUCCGAGAUUCAAACAGAAUGCCUGGAAAAAAGAACUCUGCUCUAACUGUUUCCGUCCAAAAGAGGAACACCCGGAAAAGCCCAAACGCGUACAUGUCGACUACAAACCAUUACCGGAAAUUUCUCCAGCACAGAGUAUAUUAAAGGUGAACGGUUCGUGCGAUAAAUCGCGAAAUGUAUCGUUUUCCAAUGUCGAGUCGGAAGUCAUCGGAUACGGUGGCGAAGAAUAUUCGACCGACGAAGAAUAUUCGUCGGACGAGGAGAACCACUCGGAAUACUUUGAUUCUGAGGACGACGAUGAGCUGAGAAGACUGACGGAAGCCAACACGAAUGUCAAUGGCAAACUGACCGCGCCCGAGAAGUCGAGGUGCAACAACAAUGGACCGACGACGACGAAAGCUGCAGCGACGACGGCACGGGUUAGCGACACGCCCGUGGAACCUGCGGAAAAUAAAUCACUGUUAUCGCCGCCACUGGUCACCGUUCAGCCAUUCAGCGCGGAACCGCCCAAGUCGCUCGUGUUCAACUUCCUAAAGAACAAAGAGAUCUCGGCCGUGACUGCUAGCGCUAAGGUGUCGCGACAAACCGAGAAGAAGGAUCGCAACAACGACAACGACGACGACGUGCAAAUGAAAAAGACUGAGACCACGAGGAAACCGACCCUAUCCAGGAGCUCACUGGUGGCCAACUCCAACGAGCCAUAUCUGAAUAUCAAACGAUACAGCUUACCGGCGGACGAAGAGGUGAAAAUCCAGCCGGUGCCGAAUGUGGAGAUUCCCGAAGUCAAAUUGCAUCCGCCGGAAGCGGUCAUCGUCAAGGCGGUUGAGGACCAAGAGAACGAGGUCCACGUGCUGACGAAGGAUCCUCCGGAGGUGGACACGGCCAUAGCGCCAUACAAGACCAGGAGUAACGUGCCGCGUAUGGGAACCAUGCACUUCAAGCUCAAAUUGGCCGUGGCUUCGUCUCAAAAACCGGAACCAUCAAAGUCCGCCGCUUCUUCUGCCGUCGCCAACACGGCCGAGUCCACGCCGGAAUCUUCGUUGACUAGCAGGGAAAUGGCCGGCGAGCCGGACGGAAAAGCGGACUCAGAUGAACCUAGCGACCCAGCCGUCACGACGAUCAUGACGACGACGACGAUGGGCCCUGCGUCGAAUCCGGUAAACCGAUCGUUCCUGCAUAACUUCAAAGAAGUCUCGUCACCAUUGCGGGACACGACCAAUCAUCAUCCCUGCACUGCCGCAACCAUAACCGGUAGUACAACCACCACCACUACGCCUCCCAAGACGCCCAUUAAAAAGACUUCCGUCUGCAGCAACAGCCCACCCGAGUGUCCCAGGAGCAUCAAACGGCAGGCCCCGAAGCCGCCGCCCCCACCGCCGUCGGCCGCAAGCAAGUGCGGCGCAGCAGCCGAGCCGUCGACGAACGUGUUCCACAGCGCGAACAGUUCGCUGUCGGACGACGAGUUCCGGCCGGACGACGUGACCGUGGCCAACCGCAAGCUGCUGGCCGAGUACUGCGAGCAGAUCGAGAAGGAACAGUCUUCGUCGUCGUCGUCGUCGUCCGCGUCCCCACCUGUCCGGCACAGCUACCGCGAUGACAGGGAACCGGCGGCGGACCCGGUGGCCGGCGGUGAACCGACAGCCGCGCGCGAUUCGUCCACGUUCCCGUUAACCAGCGGCAAGCGGCCCGCAUGUGAGAAGAAGAAAUACAGCAAAGCGGGUAAGGUGGGCCUGAAGAUCAAAAAAUUCCUGCGCAUCCCCAGCCGAGAGUCGGUGGCCGGAGCCACCACUCCGCCACAGCCGUCGCCCAGGCCCAAGUUGGAGAUCAUCCAUCCACUGGACGUCAACAAGUCGGGCGUGGAGAUCAUACAUAACGCCGUGAUUGAUGGCGUUGGAGGGACGCCGUAUGUAAGGGAAACGGUAUCCGCGGCGCGAGGCCCACCGCCGCCGCCGACCAACCAUGGCUUCGCCGCCGCUCGUCCUUCGAAACCGCCACCGCCGCCCAGAAGUCUUCCGCCCGUUUCGAAGCUGCCCGCAAACUCUUUGCCGUCGGCCGAUAUCGCGGACUACCCGGACGAGCCUAAAACGUGCGACUCCAGCACGUCCGACGAGACGUACGAACCGGUCAAUUUCUCGGCGCCCGAGUGUGAUCACAGUUCACCGGAAAUGCCGAGGCUUACGUCCAUGCAGUACUACGGCAGCGAGACCGAGUCGGAAAUAUAUCCAGCCAUCCAAUUCGGCGACGAUUUUGGAGCCGAAGAUAGUAUCAGGAACACUCAGCUGGGACGCAAGAGCCUCGAAGAGAGCUACGAUGCGGUUGUGAUUGCUAACCACGAAGCUCUGACCAAACUCUUGGACCAGGCUACGUGCGAUCCCAAAAUCCCGAAAGAGCUGUUGGCGUUGAAGGCGAAGAAUUUGGAAUGGUCCAGUUUCCGCGUGGACCCGACCAGCCGUUUACGGAAAUCCGGUUGCGCGUUCUACAACGCCAAGUGGUACGAAGUCCCGGUGGUGCUGAGCGUAUCCGGCAAGCGGGUCGAGUUGAACAACGUGCUCAACAAUCAUUUCACUCUGACCAAAGUGACGGAAUUCGUGACGCGCGUGGGAAAGGAAUACGCUCCGGGUGACUCCGAAAACGAAGACGCUUACGUCACCCUGUGGAAUGCUCAUCGCGUGGAAUCCAUCGAGUCGUAUUGCAAGGAAUACAACGCCAAGUACGUGGACGUGACCAAAGAGGCGGGCCUCAUUCUGGUUGAAACGGUCAACCUACUGAUGGGUCUCCAAGCGUCGGACGUGGACCGGUACAGCCUGAAACCGUUCAUAGUGACCAGAAACAGUUUCGGAGCCGACCCUACCGUAGCCGUAGUUCAACUCCGGGAUUACAAUUUCCAGGAGGAGGACACGCUGUGCGAGAUUAUGCUCAAGGUGCUUAGGCUACUGGCGCCCACGUGGGAGAUGACUGUUUGCCUGUCGCAAGUGUUGCGCCAGGGCAAGGCCAACUCGCUGUCUAAGUGCAAGGCGCUGCUGGAGUUCUGGCUGUGGGGCCCGACGGGCGUAACCGCGGUCACCCCAGACCGGCCGCUAUCGCUGAAAAGAUGGUUGGACCUGGAACGCGCCAACGACCUACACGGACGCGUGUGCUCCCGUUCUGCCAACCCGUCCGUCGAGCAGAUCUGUUACAUGUCGUUCCUGGUGCACUCGGACGAUCAACAGCUGUUCUCUGACGCAUGGACGGUGCUUGCCGACCGCAAGACGCGGCCACCGCGCGAUCACACGAUCUCUAAAUGUUAACGCAACGCUCAAUUUAUCGACCGUUUUCUACUUCCGUUCGUUCCACUUUUCGUCCUUUCCGCCAUUCUCUACCUCUCCUCUCUCGCAUCCCUCUUCCUCGGCGGGAUGCUAUUUUUUCACGUCCCUUUCUACUCGAACUCUUCUUCUUCUCUAGGGCACAACAAUCUUUGUACGUCCGCGGCUACCGACACGGUUGACGGAACGAAGUACUAACUUGGUGGCCCCGCCGACCUGUUGCCGUCUGUAUAACUUACCACUUAUGUAACCUGUACCGUACACAUUGCGACCAUCGCGUCUCUAUAUCGUUUUACUUCGAAAAAUUUGACACGCUCCGUCGAAUAAAUUCUUAUUGCUAACCUAACCGUUAAGUAAACACACAUACCUACGUAAUUGUAUUGUUUUAUGCGGAUACAUAUUAACUGUUUGCUCAUUAACUGUUAAUUAUAAAUAUUAUUUUUAUUACUAUUAUUAUAUUUUUAAACAAUUUGUAAACAUUUUUUUUUCACGCAUUGCAGUCCUGAAAACAAUUUUUUUACAGCGAUUCGUCAAUCUGCCGUGUUAUGAUGUACAUUUUUUAUCAUAUUAUUAUGAUUGCGUUACGUAGUUGUACGAUACUUAUAAUAAGUAUUUUUAUUUGUAAUAAAUCGAAGAAAAUAAGGCUCUCUAUAUUUUGUCAAUUAUUUUUGUAAAACUACAAAUAUUUAUGUAUAUUUUCGUGCUAUAACUACUUGUUGCUUGAAAAAUGUACCUAUUUUAUUUUCAAUUAUAUAUGCAUAUUUUUGUAUGUGUUAUUCACGA